ACUGCACUCCUUAAUUGGACAGAGGCAAAGCGGGACAGGACAACCAUGACUGGAAAAGCCGACCUGAAGCUGGUUAUGUUAAUGGGGUUGGCUUGUUUGGCUGUGGUUUGUGUUCAUGGAGAUGAUUUGCAGGUGGGUCGGUUUUCCGGUGACCGUUUUGCUGAAGAAAUUCGCAGAAUGCGAGCCCUGAAGACCUCCUCUGUCCGCCGGGACUCUGUUUCCUCUCCUUCUCCAUCGCCUGGCCCUGCUCCGCCACUGCAGGUCGGGACGAGUCCGCGGGUAUAUCCAGCGACAGCGUACGGUGCUGAUCCUACGGGGAAAUCCGACAGCACAGAAGCACUUCUGAAGGCCAUCUCGGAUGCAUUUCAGGGUCCGAGCGAUGGUUUCCUGAUGGAGGGGAUCGCUAACCUCGGAGGGGCACGAAUUAAUCUCGAAGGUGGGAAUUACUUGAUCAGCAAACCGCUACGGUUACCGGCCACCGGUGCCGGGAAUCUUAUGAUUCAUGGAGGAACGUUGCGUGCCUCGGAUGAUUUUCCAACAGAUGGAUAUUUGAUUGAUCUGUCUCCAACAACUAGCGAUUCUUUAUCUUCUUCAUCAUCAUCUAAGUACAAUUAUGAGUACAUAACUCUUAGAGACCUUAUGUUGGACUCUAAUUACAGGGGAGGAGGCAUCUCAGUUAUAAACUCACUUAGAACAAGCAUAGACAACUGUUACAUUACCCAUUUCACCAGUGAUGGGAUUUUAGUCAAAAGUGGGCAUGAGACCUAUAUCAGGAACUCUUUCUUGGGCCAGCAUAUCACUGCUGGAAGCGAUUCACGAGAAAGAAACUUUACAGGCACUGGAAUUAACUUGAUGGGUAACGACAAUGCUGUCACGGAUGUGGUGAUCUUUUCUGCUUCUAUAGGAAUAAUGGUUACAGGUCAAGCCAAUACAUUUUCAGGGGUACAUUGUUACAACAAGGCAACAGAUUUUGGUGGCACAGGUAUAUACCUGAAGAUGCCCGGGUUAACACAGACUCGGAUUGUGAACUCCUACAUGGACUACACAGGGAUUGUAGCUGAAGAUCCAGUUCAGCUCCACAUCUCAAGCAGUUUUUUCCUGGGUGAUGCAUUCAUUCUCCUCAAGUCUAUAAAUGGAGUUGCAAAGGGGGUCAGCAUAGUGGAUAACAUGUUUAGUGGGAAUAAGGGCCUGGACAUUGUCCGGUUAGACCAAGCCAACGGGGCAUUUAAUAAAAUUGAUCAGGUUGUGGUGGACAGGAAUGUUGCCAAGGGGAUGAACAUAAAGGCAACCAUGGCAAGGGGAUCUGCUCAGGGGAAUGGCACCUCUUGGACCGUCGAUUUUAGUCCUGUUCUCUUGUUCCCUAACCUCAUUAAGCAUGUACAGUACUCGUUAAGCUCAGGUGACAGCACUUUCCCUAGCCAUGCCCUUCGUAACAUAUCAAACAAUCGUGUGGUGAUCGAGUCAAACAUAGCCGUGCCUGCAAAUGUGUUUGUAACGGUGGAUCAAGGACUGUCAAGUUGAGGCUAUUUAUACCUUCAUUUUUGAACAUGAUCCCACUAACUGUGGAUAGGAUGGAAAAUUGUAUACACAAUUACAGAAUUUUAUUAUAAUUCGAAAGGAAUAAUACAUCAAAAUACAGAUACUUUUGAUGA